CGCACCCAAUGCUUUGUCACACUCUUUCACUAUCUCUCAGGACCUUUCUCUCUCCGGCAACAACAGGAACUCACACAGAUACACUGAACAAACACCGCUUUUCACACCGACCACUCGGACAUAGCAGAGGCAGCUGGGAGUGUUUUCUGCGAAAUGGACAACAAAGCUGACGUGAAGGCCAUGCUGGCUCGCUUCCAGUCUGGCGGGGGUAGCACUGAUGAGUCUUCUUCCACACCGCCGAUUGGACGCAUCAAACAGCCCUUGCACCCUACCCUCUCCUCUGGCCCGGCCAUACAGUCAAAGAAACCUGUCUUGGAGAGCCUCUCGGGCAGUGCGAUAAAUGUUCCUCCUAAACCUAAUUACCUGAAAAAUACAGUAUCGGCUAAAAGUGACACAGAUGCCCAUGAACCGAACAAAACGAAGGCCCUGGCCAACAGGUUUGCAAACACCCAGGAGGACACAAACACCAACAGCAAACCGUUCAUUGGUAAUAAACUUCAAACACCCCCGAAGCCACCGAUUUCAAACGCUCCUGGCCCUGGACAAAAGCCCCCUUUCAACAAACCCACCCUUAGCUCCACCCUGUCAGACUCCAAACCCACCUUUCCUAAACCCUCUCCAGCAGUUACCGUCAAGCCCAGCUGGGUGAAAGAAGACAGCGGUGGGGGUCCGGCCGGCUCCACACCACCCAAAUUACCUCCUUUACAACAAAAACCAAGCAGCAGCAUUUUGAAGUUACGUCAGCAAAACGAAGAUAUGCCAGGAGCUAACACGGACACAGCUAACAAACAUUUACCUCCGGCGAGCUCUGCUUUUAAACCUACCACCAACUUCAAGAACGCUCAGAAUAUGUUCAACAUGGAGAAGGACACGUCUGAGCAGUCAGUUAGUGGUGUGAAAGCAGACGAGGCCAACAAACCACCCCUCGUUGCCACAAACUCUUUCCCUCCUCCCAAGCCACUAGCCAGUAAAAAGCCUAGCUUGAAGAAGCCGCCAAAGCCUACUCCUCAGGCCAGCAGCGUGAACGGUGAUGACACUUCAGGCCCCAAGCGUAACCCCCUCCCCAACAUUUUAGCUUUGGGCCCUGCUCCUGCCAAGCCCAACAGACCCCCCAAAGUCAACCUGGAGAACUUUAAAAGAAGUGCUGAGGGCUCUGAUGGUCCCAGCACCUUCAAGAAACCCAUCAUCCCGACUCCUCCGGCCUCUCACCCGAGUGACCAUAGCAACCACAUGCCCCCGAGUCAACCCCCACCGCCUGCACUUCCUAGCCUGCCCCCGAGACACCCUGGAUCCAUGAUCCAGCAGGAGGACUUCUACGAUGACGUUGAUGAAAUCAGCAGUGCCCCUCCACCACUACCACCAUCCACAGGUCACCCAAGUCAGAGGGCAAAGGAGGAAAGUGACGAUGAUGACGGAGAGAUGUACGAGGAUCUUGAUGAACGAUGGGAAGCGGCGGAACAAAAAGACAAGGUGAAAGACGACAAGGAGGAGAAAAAACGACUGGAGGCUGAGAAGAAGGAGCAGAAGGAGCGUGAGAAGAAGGAACAAGAAGCCAGAAAGAAAUUCAAAUUGGUCGGCCCCCUGGAGACCAUCCACCAAGGGAAGGCUCGUGGGGAUUGCCGAGGCAGUAAGACUGACCUUGCCCUGAAGCAGGGAGACAGCCUGGACAUCAUCCGUGUCCAAGGCAACCCAGAGGGGAAAUGGCUGGGACGGACGCAGGAUGGAUCCAUUGGUUAUGUGAAGACAACUUCAGUGGAAAUUGACUUCAACACGCUGAAGAAUUGUAAAGCUCAGCAGGCGUACGACCCCGAGGUAUACGAUGACAUCGAUGUGGCGCACUCUGAUAACAGUGGGAUGAAAGGACCAGGAGUUGUAUUACCUCCGCUGCCAGGAGAGGGAGGAGAAAUAUAUGACGAUGUUGUGGAUCCAAACCUGGAAGUCAGUCCGAUGGACUCUUCUCCGACGAAGCCUCGUGGCUUCCUGCGGAUGUUUGACCGGGCCAGACGUCCUGCCAGCACUAAAGUAGUGCCUCCACCCAGCCAGUUUACUGCAGAUGGGAAUUCAGAUCAUCCAGCAAUUGAUGAGGAAAUCUACGAUGAUGUUGACUCUCAGAAUGUGCCUCCUCUUCCUCCCCUCAGCAGUCUUCCAACUUUUAAAGGCAAAAACAAGGACGAGAUGGACCCAAAGAAGCAGAAGAAGCUUGAGAAAGAGGAGAAGGAAUUCAGGAAAAAGUUCAAAUAUGAAGGGGAGAUACAGGUGUUGUAUAAGGUGACCAUCAGCCCGACGCUCACUAAUAAGAAGUGGAGUGGGAAGGAGCUUCCAGUCAAAGCAGGAGAAACCCUUGACGUCAUUGUUAAAGCCGUGGAUAACAAACUGGUCUGUCGGAACGAGGAGGGCAAGUUUGGUUAUGUUUCGACCAGCCACAUUGUUAUGGAUGAUGGUGAUAUCUACGAUGAUAUUGGUGAUGAUUGCAUCUAUGACAACGACUGAGAAACAUCCUGCAUUGAGUUCAUUUUUUUACACUGAUGUUGUUCAUGUUAUUUAUUUUGUCCACUGAUGACACACAGUACAUUGGGAGUUCCUUAUGGUUGACCUAAUAUUUAGAAUAUUUCACUUCAUUUUUUAUCACUCAACAUUAGAACUGGCUAAAUAAAUUGGACAUGUGGGUGAUGAUAAUGUCAGGCUAGUUUAAAUUCCAUUGAACAAUGUCGUCAUAUCAAAUUUCAAUGCUUCAAAAAAAUGAAUUGUAAUAUCUCAAAGUGGAAAACAUUUCUUUGACAACAGUAUUUGCAUAUUUCUGUUUUUAUGUUUUAUUCAUUCUUUGGCUCUUUUGGACUGCCUCUAGAAACUACAAAGCACUCUAUUUACAUGUAAGCUUUUACUGUGCAAUUUUGUAAGACUAGCUCCAUGUUUGAUCUAAAGUUGUAAAUAUUACUUGCUGUUCUGUUUUUACAGCUGGGAUUGGCUCCAGCAAAAACCCCCACAAUCCCAUAAAAGGGAUAGAGCAGUUACAGAAAAUGGAUGGAUGGAUGGAUGGAUGGAUAUUCUGUUUUCCAAUAAUGUCCAUGAUACGAUACCAUAUAUAUUGUAUACUCCAUUGCUAUGUGCUAAACUCCUCCUAAGCUAGCUCUGGUGCCGCUAAAAUACCGUACAUACAUUUAUGACAUAAAUUCAUACAAUUUGGGAGUAAAAGAAUGUGUUUGAUCUUUUGGUUUUGGUGUUAAAGUGUGAGCCUGUCAGCUACAGAGAGUGUGCACAGUUUCCAUGAGUACAUCUCACAAUAACAUGCACAAUACAUUGAAAAUGUUGAGCAGUUUUCUUAGUUCAAGCAAUUAUCGGUUAAUUAUUAAUAAUAUAUGCAUUAUAGUGGACAUUUUUCCAUUGGAAAACUGUUUGUACCACUGACAUGGUCUACAUCUGAUGCAAAAUCAGAGACGGCUGCAUCAAGAGUUAAGGAACAGAUAAAGGAAACACCAAUUUAGAUGAAUAACAAACUACACAAAACACAAACACAACAUAAAAUACUGACUUUGUUAUUGAUUACCUCUUGAUUAUUGGUUAAUAUACUUUUAAUCUGUUAAAUUCUUAACCAUCAACAUCUUUAAUUUCACCUGGAAUCAGCAACAAAAUCAUGAGCUUCUCAGUGCAAUUUAAGAGGAGGAAGGGAAGCAGUAACAUCAACAGUAACAUCUAGUGGCAGCCAUCAGAAACUGCAACAAUUGCAACUUUUCACCACUGGAUUUGGAUUUCAAGUUUCAUUAUUUGCUAUCACUUAGGUAAGGCUAUGUCACUGUCAUGUUAUUGAUAAAAUAGGCUACUACAGGAAAAAAAAACCUUAGAACAAUGUUUGGUACAUCGACCCAACUGUUACUGAAUGUUACUUGUAAUCUAUGAUUAGUUGGUCAGCACAAAAUUAAUCACACACUAUUUUGAUAACCAAUCAUUUUUUGAAUUUUUUUUUUUUUUUUUUUUUUUUCCAAAUACUAGUUUCUUAACAUUCACAUUUCCAUGUGAAUAUCUUUUUGGUUUCGGAUUGCUAGUUGGACCGAAGUUGGCAAAAUGCGAUGGACAUUUUCUCCCUCUUUACUGCUGUUAGACGCAGCUCUGCUUGUAUCCACUUGAGGUGGUGCCACAGUUUGGACUGAGGGUGGUAAAUUAUGACCAAAUGAGUGACAUAAACAUGCAUUACAUGCCAGUCAAACUCUCUGGCAGUGCACCUGCGUUGUUUUGAUGUGACUCUAUAAAAAGUGUCUGACAUAAGAACUGAUUAGAUGCAUUUUAAUGCCAAGUAUGAACAUUAAUUUUGAAUGGAGUAUUGCAGCUAACUGACUCUCUUGCUGAAAUAUUUAUCAAUAUCACCCAUAUUUGACCAAUAUGAUACUGGAUAUUGAUAUAUUUAGCCGGCCCAAUUAUUUUGGAUGGUUACACUCAGUUAUUUUAUACAUGCCAAUAGUUACCAACAAUUUAUACAUGUAUACAUACUAAUACUUUUAGCGUAUUCGUUUUGCUAAUUGUCUAUCUAUUUGCUAAUUUUGUUCUGGCUUCAUUACCUUGUGAGGCUGUGGAAUCCUCUCUGAAAUUCUGUCAAGUCUGUUGCUUAGACCACUGUUAACAGCGAACACGACAGGAAGAAAUAAAAAUGACAAAACAGUG